UCCAUCUGCAUUCCUCUCAACGCCAGUCAGCAUCCAGCUUUGGUCAGCGCCGCACCUCACUCGUGUCGCUUCUCUUGCAAGAUGGAAAUAUCGAAGAUUCUCCUGGUGGUGGUGAGUCUGGCAGCGUGCACCACCGGCCGCCCUUUGGAAGAAGAUGCCGAGUCUGUGGCCACCGGAAUCACGGCAGCGCCUCCGUCAGCCCCAAAGCCAGGUCAAGGCUCCUUCCUCGGCGAGGUCAUGGUCAUGUCGGAGGACGUGACCGUGAAGAGAACGCCCAAAACGAAGAAGAAGCCGUCGAAGCCAUCCCAGGAGGGUCCUCGGGCCUCUGCUCUCGUGGCCGCGCCUGGAGUCAGCGUCCCCGAGGCGCUCGUGGGCAUAGCAGUGGGCACGGGGAAAGCCUUCGACGUCGGCGCCAACACGGGGCACGUUCUGGAGGAUGACUCUCCUGGAAUAAGUAUUUCCGGGGCGACGCUGACGUUUCACCGUCCGGCUCGAGUGAUUCCUGUGUCCUCGUGAGCGCUCUUGGUCCAGAAUGUCAGGCAAACAUAUCAUAUACUCACUAAUUCGGGUUGAUUUUAUGCAGUAUUUUUAGCGUGUUUUAGACAGGGCCCUUGCUGGGAAUCGCGUGGCCCAAUUGGAAAACUAAUGGUGGGGCCCCUCUCCUACAUAGUAAAAUUUAUUGAUGUUUCUAUUUCAUAUAAAAUAACAAAAACCAACAAAAAAAAAACGAAUAAACAUUAAUUGCUUGGUAUAAUAAAUACAUAAUACAUUAACAUUAUAAGGAAGAAUAUAAUUCACGUUUUCAGUAGUAUUGUGUACCUCGUAUAAUAAAAAAUCGGCCAAAUCGGCUUAAAAUCGGCCAUGGAUUUAGGUUAAGCUUCGUCUUUAGGCCAAGGAGAAUAUCGAGUGGAGGAACCGUGGUUGAUUUUUAAUAGUCUGGUUAAUUGGGAAUUAUCGUUUUAUCAGCAUUAGAUGAAUUGUUGAUAUCGAUGGGGGAGCAGAUUGUUUUGGAAGUGAAAGCUCUAUUAGAAGAGAACUUUCGCUUUAUUUCUUCUCUGUUAAUGAAGCAUACCUUUGUAAACAAAUAUCUAUAUAUAUUACAAUAUUUCUGUGCCUCAAAAGUAUCAGGAAAUGCAAACUAUCUGAUUGGAGACACGACACUACUUGAAAAAAAAUAGAUCAUAUCGUUCAUUCAACUUUCAAAAUACGUACAUAAACAAUUUCUAGAUCAUUCUAGAAGCGUCUUAAUCAGAGAGAGAGAAUGUGACCCUAUCCUUAGCCAAUUAUUAUGAUACCUGUUAUUCUCUAUAUGAUUGUAUAUGCUCAUUCUUGUGUAUACAUUUUUUGAGAAAUAAAUCUUUGUUAGACGUG